AUGACAUAUAAAUCAGAAUUACCGGCAGUCACAUGUCCAGAAGACGUCACGGUCUGGUCAUGGCUUUUUGACUCUCCGAGUUUCAAACAGGCCCGGAAUCGAAGCGUCACGAACGCCGUCUCAGGAGAUCGCAUAACGUUUGCGGAGCUCAAAACCUAUGCCGAGCAGCUUUCCAUGGCUCUGGUUAGAGACCACGGGCUCCGACCUGCCGAGACGGUCUUGCUGAUGAGCGGGAACAAUAUAUGGUACCCUGUCGCCAUGUUCGCGGCAUUAAGAGCUGGGGCCAGAGUUGCCGGAGUAUCACCUGCAUCGACAGUGGAGGAACUAUCUCAUGUCCUUCGUCUUUCGCACGCCCGCUACUUUGUGACGGUCCCAACCUCCGCCGCGGUGGUGAUGACUGCAGCACGAGAUGCUGGAAUCCCGCUCAGCCGCGUUUUCCUCCUCGAAGGCCAGCAUGGGGCUUUGGUCAACAUCCAUCGCCUCAUUCAGACGGGAUCUGAAGUUGCCAUGACACCUUUCAACGAACCUUUCAAGAUCCCCUCAGGCUCGAGCAAUCGUGACCUCUGCGGGUACUUGAGCUUUACCAGCGGAACGAGCGGUCGACCCAAAGCCUGUAUGAUAUCACACCAUAAUGUCAUUGCUCAGUGCAUACAGAUGGCUCAAGUGACCAGUCCCGACAGCGACAAAGCGCUUGCCAUCCUGCCUCUUUAUCACAGCAAGUCUUUUUUCUGGCAUAGCCUCAUCUUUACCGGUCUUGUCAACCUGUUACACCUUCCCAUCUAUCGAAACGCCGAGAUCCUCAUGCUCCCCAAGUUCACCAUGGAGUCGAUGCUGGACGCGAUAGUCAAGUAUCGACUGACCGAGGUGCUGAUGGUGCCCCCGAUCAUCGUGCGGCUUCUUCAAGAAGAACCCGUGGUCUCACGAUAUGACCUGAGCUCCAUCCGCAGGUUCACCUCCGGAUCGGCGCCUCUACCCGAAGAUGUGCUCGGCAUGUUGCAGGACAAAUUCCCCAAUACCGGAUUCAAGCAGGGCUGGGGAAUGACCGAGACGUGCUGCUGCAUUACGGCGACGGACCCGGCGCACUACGACUUCAAAUACGCUCGCACCGCGGGCGUGAUCCUUGCGAACACGGAGAUCAAAAUCCUCGACGGGAACGGGGCCGAGGCCGACGAGGGCGAGAUCCUGGUCCGGGGACCUCAGUGUACGAUGGGCUACUUGGACAAUCCGGAGGAGACGAGAGGCACGUUCCUGGCAGACGGAUGGCUCCGCACCGGCGACAUGGGGAGAAUGGACGCUGACGGCUGCCUGACCAUCACGGGCCGCAUCAAGGAUCUCAUCAAGGUGAAAGGCGUCGGCGUCGCGCCUGCCGAGCUGGAAGACGUUCUCAUGAGUCACCCUCACGUCCAGGACGUGGGGGUCCUGGGGGUCCCCCAUUCCUACAAGGGAGAGGUUCCAUAUGCGUUCGUGGUGCUCCACAAGGACGUCCAACCCAGCCGCGGCCUCGCCGAGGAGCUCAUCCAGCAUGUGCGUGCGCGGAAAUCCCGGCCAAAGUGGGUGGUGGGAGUGUCCUUUGUGCAAGCGAUCCCUCGCGGUCCCAAUGGCAAGAUUCUGCGACGUCAAAUGCAAAAGUCCAAGCCUGAGCUCAAGCUGUAG